UUUGCCCACAGCCACGCCUUCCAGUUGUGGAGGGCCCUGGGGGCCGAGCACCCCGUGAGCCGCCUGGUGGUGGCCACGCUGCUGGCCUGGCUGCAGGAGCGGCCGCUGCCCCCCGGGGCCAGAGACGGAAGCCCCCCGCCCGAGGAUAAGACCUACCUGCGCUCGUUCACCGCCAUGAGAUUGCUUCACGAGCUGCAGUUUGCCCGGGAGUUCGAGAAGGCGGUGCAGGAGGCCUACCCAGAGCUCCUCCUGGCCCUCCUCACCCAGACGCACUACAUCUCGGAGCUGAACCUGCCCGAGGAGCCCCAGCCCGGCCAGGAGGCCCAGCCGCUGGCCACGCCCAGUCCGCAGAGGACGUCGCUGGAGGCCCUGAAGGGUCUGCUGUCCACCACGGGGCACUGGCAGGACUUCGCCCACCUGGAGCUGCGGGGCGCCUGGGAGCUCUUUGCCACCACCCGCACCUACCCGCAGGGCGUGGGUCUCCUCGCCAGGGCCAUGGUUCAGAACCGCUGCGGGCAGAUCAAGGCAGUGACCAGCGAGGAGAAACGGGAGCGGAAGACGGCCAUCCUCAUCCUCGUCGAGUUCCUCUACAGCCCCACGCUGCUGGAGGUGCUCCCCAGACAGGCCGUCCUGACUGUGCUGGCCCGAAGCCUCAGGGAUCCCAGCCCCGAGGUCCGCGCGUUGAGCCUACAGGGCCUCGGGAACAUCCUUUUCCACCCGGAGAAGGUAAGGGCCCGAGGGGCCCCAGAGCUGGCACGCACCCACACGUGCCCACCAGGCCUACCGGGUUGGAAUCCUGGCUCCAUCCCUCACGGCAGUGUGGCUGGGGACACAUGACUUUACCUCUCUGAGCCUCGGUGUCCUUAUCGGUGGACUGCAGUUGGGGAUGGUUCCUUGGCAGGGUUGGGGAAGGGGUACAGUGGCUGCUCCCUGGGGACGUUGUAUCGUCCACACCCGCAGAGGGACAGUGCUAUUGCCGACGACAGGUGCCUAGGGGGAGCCCACAGGUGGCACCCAGGCCAGUCCACAGAGGGGAACGCCCCCGAGAAUCUCAGAGACGGGUCCUCCCACCCACUGCUCACCUGUCUUCUCCAUCCCCUUCUGACCCCACCCCCCCCACCACCCACCAUCACUAGAACAGCCCACUCCCAUAGUGAAUGGUGGGGGGCAUCAUCAAAGAGGCAAAAAUCGUUCUGGCCCUGGAUGCCCGACGUUGCCCCCACGGUGGGUUCCCAGGGUCCCGUGCAGUGGUUAAGCGCCCAGGUGAUACACCAGGAGGCCAGGGCCAUCCUGUCCUCCAGCACUUGCUAGCUGGCGAGUUUCUUCAGCUCUCUGGGCCUGGGUCAGUGUCCACAUCUGUGAAAUGGGAGGGGUAAGAGUGUCUGCCCAUGAGUGCCGGGCUGAGAACACACGUCUGGGCACAGGGUUCCCCUCCGGCCAUUCGCCGUCACAAUGCCUUUUUAUCCCCGGCACUCUGUGUGGGACCCGCUGGUGGCCGCUGGUGGAGGGCAGAACUGUCAGGUUAGAGAAACAUGCUGUCUCACCCGAUCGGGAAGCACAUGGCCUUCGCCUCCCCCAGCAACCCCAGGGCUGCGUGAACACACCAGACGGCAAGAUGUCCAGACCCCAUCUCCACUGCUGAACGUACAUAUCUUUAAGUGUCUGCUGCUAGGGGACAACAUCAGAG